AGCCCCGAUGUGGGUAAUGGUUCCUCAGGAAAUUGCGGCCCUGCCACCGUUUCCCGGAUUCCAGUCGAGUUCGCCUACCGAAAGGGAAAGGGAGUAUAUCCUUUGCAAGGAAAUGUUCCAUUGAGAUUUGUCGGGAUAUUCUGGCGGGAAAUAGGAUUUGAUUUUGGCGGGAAACGAGGAUUUAGAAGUGUCCGGGAAACAGCUGGUUUUCUUUGGGUGUGGUGUAUCCUGGAUAUUGGGGGGCAUUCUCGUGUAUCCUGGAGAAUAUGAAAUAGAUGAUGGAGCACAGUGUUAGUCGACCCCCUCCCCCACCAGCUCAGUUUAAUCCAGCCUCCGUUGGUCAAUUGACACAGUCCGACCUGUACGGUCAUCCUGGGUUCGAUAGUAAAUCCAAGUACUCCAAUACCCUCCCUUCCUUGACAUCAGCCACAUCUUUGCCUCCCCUGACCCCAGCUACACCAGUGUGUCAUGUGUCUCUAUUUAACAAUAAUCUCCCAACCUACACCUCCUCAUCACAACUCAGGAAAUAUACUGAGUACAGUCAGCAGUAUAGUUACUAUGAUCCUCUUCCUCAUCCUCACCCUCAUUCUCAUCCUCAUCCUCAUCCUUCCCAUUCAUUCCAGGCUCAUGAUCCAGGGGUUUGGCAUCAGGAAGGCCUUCAUCCGUCCUACUACACUCAUCCUGCUCUCCUCCCACAUCCUCGGGACCAACUACCUGGACAACCCAUGAUACCUGCCACUCUGCUAGCAGGAUACCAGGGUUCAGGACCUAUCCAACUUUGGCAGUUUCUUCUUGAACUUCUUACAGACAAAUCCUGUCAACAGUUUAUAUCAUGGACAGGAGAUGGAUGGGAGUUUAAGCUGUCAGAUCCUGAUGAGGUAGCUAGAAGAUGGGGGCUCAGAUAUGUUUACAGAUUUGUCUGUGAUCUCCAAUCUUUAUUAGGUUACACUCCGGAAGAACUGCAUGCUAUGGUAGAUCUUCAACCCUGUCCUGUCAAGAAAGAAUCAGAAUAGUAAAAAACCUCCUUCCCCCCAAACCUCCUCCCCCCCAAAACAAAAAUAAAAAAAAAUUUAACACGGAUUGACACGAGCGUUCUAAAACAUUUCUAAACAGAUAAGAAACCAGGGUGAUAAGGCUGUAAAAAGUAAAAAAUUGCACAUUUUUUUUGAUUUUAUAAAUAGUCCCAUAUAAAAAUUUAAACAGACUGUCUUAACCCAUUUGCUGGAUAUUUGUAACAAACGUCAUCAUAUUCCACACAAUAUCAUUCUUUAUGUUGUAGAAAUUUCAUGUGAUACAAUUUGUACCAAAGGACCAUUUAAAUCAAAUAUUUUUAUACAUGUUUAUUGUACAUACUUUAAAUCAUAUUCUGACGUUGUUAAAUGAUAAUUAUAUAUAGU